AUGUUGCAGGGGGAAAUGGCUUGCCACAGCAAGACCAACAACGUGAGAGGCAGCGAUGAUUCUAGUGGCACCAACAAGUUGGACACUAGUCGUUCCCCUGAGGUGGAUUUUGGCCCACCGCCGAAGUAUGACGAUAUAUUUCAGUUUAUCGCUGAGCAUGCUGGGCGGCUUCCACGAAAUGCUUACACAGGUACAUCCCCGUACGAAUACACUGGAUGUGACUAUGCUCUCGUUCUAUACGCCAUAAUGCCCAGCAAAUGCAUUGACCUUUCCCGUCUCUGCUGGUCCACAGCACCACUUUCUUCCCAGUUGGAGGGGAACCUUGUUGCUUUUUGUGAGGGUGCUCUUGGCUUGCAGCUGAGUGACGCUCCGGUCAGUUCUCUAACGCCACACAGUUUACGUACGUCUCCGUCUUGCAUUAUGCACCACAUGAAGGUACAGCACUGGCUCUAUAACUUAUCACUGAGGUUCCCCCCUGACGAAGGCUUUGACGCGGCGACAAUUCGCAUGAAAUAUCGCCAUGCGCAACUUGGUGAGCCACAUCUAACGGCAAAGCAGUCAAUGAUUCCUGCGACUGCGUCAUCUUCGCCCCUUCCCACUCCUGAGAUGCACCUACUGCGGCCAAAUGUGUCGGGGCAGCGGAACCCUCCUUAUGCACACUGCCAGUCUUUAUGGGAGUCGCCGUUACUCGAGGUUGAGGGUUUCGCGUCCACCCGUGGGGAGGUAGCGGCGCUGGCAGCUUCUUGUGUAGAAGAUAUUAAGUCUCAGGAGAGACCACCAAAAGGUUAUGAAAGGCGCUGGAGGUCAGGCGUUCCGGAUGCCGGAGGCCCCGUAGGUGCGGGAGGCAGAGCGAGAAACGUACGGCAAGAACACGGGAAGGUCACUUCUAUGACCGUUAACUCUGUGACAUCUGGCGCUGCGAAAGGUGCACCACCCAAUAACUUGGCGGAGCAGUGGUGCGAGUCGGAGUCACGCCGGUUACAUCUGAAGGAUACUCUGCUGCGCGCUCGACGUGAGGCCCACAGCACGCUUUUUGGCGACGGGGUGAUCAAUUUUGAUAGUGUUCUUUCAAUAUUACAGGGAGGAAUUCCUGCGUUUUCGAACGCGGCGCAGUGA